AGCUGUAAAACAUUAAAGAACAGCCCAUGCACCAUUCCCUACUAACAAACCUCAACCCAUGUGCCACCCCUGAAGCAUGUCUUGUAAUCCAGCCCAUUUUAGAGAGGGACAUCAACCAGCCAAGAGAAUAACCCUGCACCUGCAGCUCUCCCUAUUCUCCCUAUUAUUAUUUAUAUAAAUACCACUAUUCAAACCUCUUCUUCUUCUUCAAUCUCAAGAUUCUCAACAAGUAUGACCAUGUCUCUCAAAUACAACUUCUUCUUAUUGAUCUUAAUCUCUUUUUGUUUCAGCAUCACCACUCACUCUUUGCAGCAUGAUCUUACUCCUCCAAAUAACCUCCAACACCUCACUAAUCUCUUCCCUCAUCUCUCCUUUAACAAGAGUUUUUCGUAUUUUUUCGGCAGCCAAAAUAUUCAAAUACUUGAUAAUGGCUCCUAUAUCAACCUUAUUCUCAAUAAGGUUUCAGGGUCUGGUUUCAAGUCACUAGAUAUGUAUUACUAUGGCUUCUUCAGUGCUAGUAUCAAGCUUCCUUCCACUUACUCUGCCGGCGUUGUUGUAGCAUUCUAUAUGUCAAACUCAGAGGUGUAUCCAAAGAAGCAUGAUGAAAUAGACAUUGAGCUCUUGGGACAUGAAAAGAGGAAGGAAUGGGUGCUUCAAACUAAUGUGUAUGGAGAUGGAAGUGUUUCAACUGGCAGGGAGGAAAAGUUUUACCUCUGGUUUGACCCUUCUCAACAAUUCCAUGAAUACACCAUCAUUUGGAACCCCCACCAUAUUGUGUUUAUGGUAGACAAUAUUCCGGUAAGAGAAGUGAACCAUAGUGAAGCCAUGUCAACAGCAUACCCUUCAAAGCCUAUGUCAAUGUACUCAACCAUUUGGGAUGGAUCAGAUUGGGCCACACAUGGAGGAAAGAAACCAGUCAACUACAACUUUGCACCAUUUAUUGCAUCAUUCAAAGAAAUGGAAAUGGAGGGUUGUGUUUGGAAUCAAUCAAAUAGCAGUAAUUACAAUUGCUCAAACAAUAAUGGUGAUCAUAGUGUGCCAAUGGGAAUUAAUCCAAUUGAAGGAGAGCAAUUUGUGAAGCUUUCUGAAGAACAAAAGAUGGGAAUGAAGUGGGUUAGAGACAAGUUCAUGUUCUAUUCUUAUUGUAAGGAUCUUAAUAGGUUUAAGAUUUUACCACCUGAAUGCAAGUAGAUCAAAGAAUUUAAUUAUAGUGGUUAACUAAACAUUGUUGGGAGUUUAUGUAUUUGUUCGAUUAUUUUUAAAUGUUGUAAUAGUCUAUCUUUUAAGAGAAAAGAAUUUUGAGUCAUGCCAAUAAUUAUUUG